UGUUGUUAUGGCGGGUCACUAGCGCUAAUGGUGACCCGCAGGGUGUUCGUACGUUUAUUAUAGUCGUGCUUUGUAAUAAAUUACUUUUAAGGUGGCUCCAGUAAGGCGCCGCGCUGUGGCGGGAAAGAGCUAGGCCGUGUUUCUAUGGUAGCGGGUAGCGCGCUCUCCGUCGUUAUGGUGACCCUGGUUGCUAUAGUGACGCGACUCUGACAGGCGAGUGGGUCGUCCAAGAUGGCGGUGCAGCAGUGGCUGGAGAGUCUGCGGGCAGCUAAGAAGACCUGCAUCCUACAAGACGGCAGAAGGAAAGUGCACUAUCUGUUUUCUGAUGGCAAGGAGAUGGCGGAAGAAUAUGACCAGAAAACACAUGAGCUGCUGGUGAGAAAAUGGAGAGAGAAGUCUGCCCUGGGGGCAUAUGGUCAGUGGCAGAUUGAAGUUGGUGAAACGCCUUCCCCGGUUGUCGGGGCACUACAGCCAGACUUCUUAAAGGAAAACAGUUCAAAUCCAGUUUUCAUGCGGAAAGACACAAGAACAAGUUUUCAGUGGAGAAUCCGUAAUCUUCCUUACCCAAAAGAGGUCUAUAGUGUGACGGUGGACGAGAAGGAGCGAUGCUGCGUUGUGCGGACAACUAACAAGAAAGGAGUGGUCAUCAAAGGGAAGGAGAGGAAGCGCUGUGAGCAUGUGCGUCCUAGAAUACAAGGCUCCACUACAGGACAUAACCAACAGCAACUCACAUCGAAACUGAUUUGGCACAUGCUGCAAUGGGGGGGCUAAUAAUUUUGGAAUAAGGUGGGAGUAUUUGGGGUAGGUGAUAUAACGGCGGCCGGAUACAUUUAUAUUAGCGGCGCAACCCCUUUAAGAACACCUGCUCACUGGAGGCAGUUGGGAGACGUAGCCGUUGGUAGUUGUAGCCUUCAUCUGAAAGU